CUGGUCAAAAUGGUGGAUGUAGGAAGUGCACUCAGGUUUUCAAAAAUCUUGUAAAAAUAUGCCUAAAACACCAUAAAUACCGACCUUAUCUUCUAAUUGCUAAUACUGUACGCUACAGUGAUAAUGAGUGUCUUAGAAAGCAUCAGGGGACGCCUGCAUAAUGUGCAGGAAGACAUCAAAGCAAGUUUCAGAUCAUUGACAACCAAAGAACGACCUGGCUUAGUUUUAGGUAGAGUUUCAGGAUCUGAUGGUAUCAGUGUGGAUGCUGGUGCUGAUAUAUUGAACAAAUUUCAGCAAAAUUGGAUUGAAAUUCACCAAAAAUCAGAAGAAAAUGCAAAGUUGGCUGAGGAGGUUGAUGACCAAGUGUCAACCAUAUUCAUUCACUGUGAGAAGCAGUCCAAGCAACUCAACCAACUUCAAGCAGAAAGCAUAGGUCUUGGCCAAAUUAUGAAAGAUAUUGAACUUGUUAACACACAGCUUUCUGUAUUGAAUGACUCGUUUGGGAAGAUCGAACAAGCUUUAUUUGAGUUGGAGGAUAUUUGUGAGGCCCAAGAAAUGGAAGAAAACAAGAAGAGACAUCGCAUCCAGCUAACAAAAUAUGAUGAAACUAAGAAGGCCGAAGUGGAACAUAUCAAAGUGAAACUUGCUCAGGAACAUGCAUCAAAGGUUCAGACGACAGAGAGAAAAAGGGCGGCCAUGUUGAAGGACAGACAAGAAGUGUUUGAGGAGGCAUUUGUGUCGGAUUUGGAGCAUUAUAAACUCACUGGCCGAGCAGAGAGGAUUUCGGUGGCCAGCAGCUUUGGAAGUCAAGGUGAUCACCAGAUGAACAUUGCUGACAUAAAUCUUGACGAUGACGUGGAAGAAAAAGGUGCUCUUGAUGCUUUCCUGGACGAUGAGCCGGUCGCCUCAAAAACAGACUCCACUACACCCAUCAUGGAUGAAUUAGAAAGUGCCAUGAAUGAAGAUGAUGACGAUGAUGAAGUCACGCCACCUAUUGAUGUCAAAGCUGAUGAAGACUUAGCGAGUGAUUGCGAAAUCUUGGACAAGCCUGAUGAAGCCAAUACGUCAAAGGGAAGUGAUCAAAGCCAUCAGUCGAAGUCACCGUCGGAAACUUCGUGGGAAUGUGUAAACGAUGAGAAAUUGGAGGAUAGUCCUCAUUGAGCUGGUCACGAUAUGAAACUCGGCAUUUCUUCACCAGCCUAUGCUGAUGCUCACAGGUGUUUAACUGGUUCUGGUAAAUUUGUCCAGUAAGAUCAGCAGGAGGGAUUAUCCAGAUGUGCUUACAAUAUUUACUGAUUUACUUUGAAAAUUUGUAUAUUGCAAAGAUUGAGGACAGGACAGGAUAAUAUCCUGUCUCAUCAUGAUAUAUAUUUCAGAUGUACUUAAACUGUAUAGCAGUGCCUGAUCUUUUAGUUUCAUUCAUUAAAUACGGUGUGCCUGGGUUUAAGUAGGUUGAGUGGGAUCUUUACCACAUUGACAGGUAGAGAUAGGCUUCAAUUCAUACAAGGCGGGGCCCCGUGUCUGACUCAGACCCCUGCACAUGGUAUAUUGCCUUUUGAUAGGGUUAGCUGCGCCGAAGGUGACAAAGUCACUGAGUAUUCCACAAGUCUUUCAUAAUUCGAUUUGAAACCUUUAAUUUGUUGAAUUAUGUAAAUAUUGCAUGAGAGAUCAACAAUAAAAUUAUUUUCUCUAGAUGUACAUUCA